UGUCAACAUGGAAUAGACAAAGGACAAAGGUGGACCGCCAUGUGACAGUGGAGCUUAGAACACUGUUUAUGUCGUGAUAGCUAUCACUGUAAUGCAAAUCAGUGAUAAAAAUCAGUGGGUUUUGUUCAUUUUCUUUGAUCUUCAAAUGGGUUUUCCUCGUUUUUUGGUUUUGAUUCUUCUCGUCGUUUCUUCAGUCGAUUGUCAGGUUAAAGAGUUCAUCAGUAUAGACUGUGGCGGCUCCAAGAACUACACCGACCCAGUUACAGGUCUGGCAUGGAUAUCCGACGCCGGAGUCAUGGAUGCCGGUGGCUCAUCGCCGGUGGAAAACCCACAUGGGAACUUGAUGCAGUAUGGAACACGGCGGGAUUUUCCGAUCGACGACAAGAAAUACUGCUACACUUUGGAAACAGAGGAACGGAGAAGGUAUUUGGUUCGAGCAACUUUUCAGUAUGGGAGUUUGAAGAAUGAAGAAACUUACCCUAAAUUUGAUCUUUAUUUGGAUGCAACUAAGUGGUCGACUGUUACUAUUUUUGAUGCUUCGAGGGUUUAUGUGAAGGAGAUGAUCAUUAGAGCACCUUCAAGUUCAUUUGAUGUGUGCAUAUGCUGUGCUACUACUGGCUAUCCGUUCAUAUCAACUCUUGAGCUACGCCCUUUUAACCUUUCGAUGUAUGCUACUGAUUUUGAAGAUGAUUUCUUCUUGGAAGUAGCUGCUAGAGUGAACUUUGGUGCUUUGAGCAAGGAUGUGAUUAGGUACCCAGAUGAUCCAUAUGACAGAAUUUGGGAUUCAGAUCUUGAGAAGAGGCAAAAUUAUCUUGUGGGAGUAGCUCCAGGGACAGAGAGAAUCAGUACUAUGAACAACAUUAAUGUAAUGACAAGAGAAUAUCCGCCUGUUAAGGUGAUGCAAACAGCAGUUCUUGGCACAAAGGGAGUGCUCAGCUACAGGUUGAAUUUGGAUGAUUUUCCUGCCAAUGCCAGAGCUUAUGCAUAUUUUGCUGAAAUAGAAGAAUUGGGUCGGAAUGAGACUCGGAAGUUCAAAUUAGAGGAACCGAACAUUCCCGACUCGAGUAAUGCAGUGGUGAAUAUUGCUGAGAAUGCCAAUGGGACCUAUACUCUUUAUGAACCGAGUUAUAUGAAUGUCUCUUUGAGUUUUGUGCUUUCGUUCUCCUUCGUCAAGACUCGAGAUUCAACACGAGGACCGCUUUUGAAUGCAUUGGAAAUUAGCAGAUAUGUCGAGAUUGAUGCCAAGACCGAUGGGCGAGAUGAGGCUGUUGUAAAUGCCUUACGUACCAUGUCAGCGGAGAGCGUUCAGACAAAUCAAGGCGAUCCCUGUGUUCCAACGAGCUGGGAAUGGGUGACAUGUACUGCCACGAAACCACCGAGAAUAUCGAAAAUUGAGCUCUCCAGAAGGAACGUCAAGGGCGAUAUUCCUCCCGAGAUCAAUACUAUGGACGGAUUAACAGAAUUGUGGUUAGAUGGUAAUUUCCUUGCAGGAUCACUGCCCGACAUGAGUAAUCUAGUAAAUUUGAAGAUUUUACAUCUAGAGAACAACAAAUUGACAGGGACAUUGCCUUCUUACCUGGGUACUUUGCCCAACUUACAGGAACUAUAUAUUCAAAACAACGCUUUCUCGGGCGAAAUACCGUUGGAGUUAUUGGCAAAGAAACUCGUGUUUAAGUACGACGGUAACCUCGGGCUGCAUGCAAGUAAACGAUACAACAUGCAUUCUAAAGUUAUAAUAGGAGUUUCAUUGGGAGUGCUUGUACUUCUGAUACUUCUACUUGUAGGAAGUUUUCUAUUACUCCACAAGCUUCGAAGACGGACGACGCCUUAUCAUAAAAAAGGUGGUUCUCUGAAAGGCAGCACAAAACGCUCUUUUGGCUACUCGAUCGGCAAGGGGGACGAAGGCAUUGCCUACUACUUAUCUCUCGCCGAGCUGGAAGAAGCAACUAAUAACUUUUCGAAGAAAGUCGGUAAAGGCAGCUUCGGAUCAGUCUAUUACGGGAAGAUGGCGGAUGGAAAAGAAGUAGCGGUUAAAAUCAUGGCCGAGUCAUCAGCACAUGGGAAUCAGCAGUUUACGACCGAGGUUGCCUUAUUAUCACGAAUUCAUCACCGAAAUUUGGUACCUUUGAUCGGGUACUGUGAAGAAGAGCAUCAACGGAUUCUCGUUUAUGAAUAUAUGCAUAAUGGAACGUUACGAGAUCACUUAUAUGGUAGUACCGACCCGACGCACUUGGACUGGCUGCCUCGUCUGCACAUUGCUGAAGAUGCAGCUAAAGGGCUCGAGUAUUUGCACACGGGAUGCAGUCCAAGUAUCAUCCAUCGAGAUGUAAAAACGAGCAACAUCCUCCUCGACAUCAAUAUGAGAGCGAAAGUUUCCGACUUUGGCCUCUCGAGGCAAGCCGAGGAAGACUUGACCCAUGUCUCGAGCGUCGCUCGAGGAACAGUAGGCUACCUGGAUCCUGAGUACUACGCUAGUCAACAACUGACCGAAAAGAGCGACGUUUAUAGUUUUGGAGUCGUUUUGCUCGAACUGAUCUCCGGGAAGAAACCCGUCUCACCAGAGGACUAUGGCAGUGAAUUGAAUAUCGUUCAUUGGGCGAGGUCGUUGGUCCAUAAAGGGGACGUGACGAGCAUCAUCGAUCCGUUUCUAAACGGAAAAGUCAAAAUAGAAUCGGUAUGGAGAAUCGCCGAAGUCGCCAUUCAGUGUGUGCAGCAGCAUGGAGUUUCCAGGCCAAGGAUGCAGGAAGUCAUUGUGGCUAUACAAGAUGCAAUCAAGAUUGAACAAGGCAUUGAAGGAAACCAGAAACUAUCUUCAGGCAGUUCAAGAACACAAUCGUGUCGAAAAACGUUGCUGACGACGUUUCUUGAGAUCGAGAGCCCCGACGGUUCGCUGCUUCCCUCUGCAAGAUAAGGCCUCGACAAUUCCGCUACGAUUUUCGGGUAAUGUACGAUAAAACGAGUAGAUACCUUGACUAAAUGCUGUUUGGUAGGAACACUGACAAACACAACAAUCUUUUAACUUUUAUUGUUCACUUGUGAGCAAGCAAGAAUCCAAGUCUAAACAUGACAUAGAAAACACAAUGACCAAUUGUGAGCAGCUCAAAAGUCUUAGAAUUAUAGAUAUACGUUCUUCGUUCAACACGUGGAGGUGAAGAGUUGAAAUUAUAUCCUUCGUUCAACA